AAAAGAAAGGAUUCCAUUUGGGCGAUACUGUGUUUGCAGUGGACUGUCUAAACCAUGCCGGGUUUAGAGUACACUCGAUUUUUUUAAAUUAUUAAUGUUGGCUUUUAAUUAUGAUGUGUGGAAGUUUACGCAAAUUAAAAAUCUUCAGUUUUUUAUUUCUAAAUGAAAUCUGUAUUUGUUUGUUACUUAAUACAUUAAGAUUAUAUUUAAUAAACUUGACAAUGGGCUAGAUUAUAAAUAAUGCGAGAAAUAAAACACUACCAUAUUGUGAAAAAGGUUUUUUUUUUAAAUAUUAAAAUAUGGUGUAUAAUAUUUUGGUAACUUAACAGGGUAGCAGUGUAUAGAAAAUAAGGCAAAUAAUAGGUUAGGUACAAAGUGUUUUAAAUUUAAUGCAUAUUAUUAAUGUAACCAACUUAACCAAUCUUUCACCUUAGUAAAGCAUGUGAUGUUUGACCUUCAAAAAGCUAAUGCUCAUCCAAAAUGGAGCAAGGAGGGGCCGGGAGGCCGCGCUGUUCCCUCGGGCCCAGAGACCCCAGCAUGAGUCGCAGCCGGUCCCCACACUGAGUCGAGGCCAGUCGAGGGGCUGUGGGGGCCUGCAGAGCGCGGACCACUCCCCUGCGCCCGGCCUGUCUCUCCCGAGCGUGGUCCCUCCACACCAUGGCAUGAGUUACAACAACCCGCCCGGUCGCUUCUCCUCCGCCCUGUCGCCGGGCCCGGGCCUCUAUGGCUCCGCCGCACACGGACAGCAUGGCAGUUACCCCGGCAGCCAGUCCUGGAGCGGCCAGCCGCACCUGGAGUACCCCGGUGCGGGGGUGAGCGUCCCCUCGUCGGGCACUCCGUCGCCCGCCCACACCCCGCCCGCCAGCAUGUCGGGCCAGUUCCCGGGCCACCGCCACCCGGCCGCCUGGGCGCAGGCCCCAGGCCUGGGGAUCCACCCCGGCGCAGGCAGGGGCGUGGCAGCGCCGCAGGGGCCCGGCUACUACCCCGCCCCGCACCCCUCGCGGGUGCUGCAGGGCCCCCCGCAGCACGCUCACAUGAGCUCCGACAGACACUCCCCGGGCGCCUGGAACAACCUGGGCAUGCCGCCCACGCCCAAGUCACCGGCGGGCCUCGAGGCGCCGGCCGGCCCGGGCAACCCCCUCUUCAGCCUGCAGAUGCUCGUGAACCAGGACAUGGGCCGGGCCCCGCGCCCGCCCCAGCAGCACGAGAGCGUGGACCUGUCGGCCGGCCCCAUCGCGCUCACUCGCAACGGCGUGGCCCCGCUCAACGGCGAGGUGGGCUCCGCCCCACCGGUGAGCGUCAUUGCGCAGACCCCGCCCAGGGAGCGACUCAAGUCGGUGGCGACGGCUCCCUGGACCGCUGGGGAGCCUUCCCGGGACGACAAAGUCACGGUGCCUGAAAAACGGGAAGCGACAUUCGAGGCGGUGAAACCUGCGGCGGAAGAAGAAUCCGGCAAUGCUACAAUGGGUUUGACUGUGAAGCAAUCUGAAGAAAGCAUGUCUGUAUCGUCACCUUCUGCGAGUUCACCGGUGCAGUCUCCUAAAUGUGGGAAUCUCAAAAGAGCGAAGAAAGUGGAUUCUAUAGUGGAGACGCUGGUGGAAAGCGGAGCCAAGAAGUCGGCGGUGAACACGGAGUCGGUGGAGACGGGUGCGACGGUGCCGGUGACGGCCUCCGUGAUCGUGUCGCCGGUGGUGGCGAGCGAAGACAGCAGCGGAGCCCCGGGCCUGGGGGAGACCCCUCGCGAGGACGACGUGGUGUCCCCGUCCUUCAGCGACGACCUGGAGGACAGGCCUCGGCGCAAGAGGAAGCUGGACAAGCCCGUCAGGAUGUCGAAGACCGUGAGCGACGCUGAGAGCGAGGGUCCCGAGGCGCGAGUACCCGAGUUGUUUGAGGAGAUGGCCGGGAAAGAGGAGCAGCCGUCGCAGGAGAAGGAAGAACCAUCGCAGGAGAAGGAAGAGAAUGAAAAGGAAAUAAAAGACAAGGAAGAGGAAGGGGAAGAAGAGGAUGAAGACGAAAGAGAAUACGAGGAAGAAGAGGAGGAAGAGCGUUCGCUGCCGACGACGGCAGAGCCGGUGUCGGCACGGGGAAUGGACACGGUGCCCAAGAAUCUGAUUCGCUUGGAGAAGCUGGAGGUGGUGCGUCGCAGGCGCUCCAGCGAGAGCUCGUCGCAGCUCGUCCAUCAGGGUCCGCCCUUCAGCGUGCAGAAGACGCGCAGAAAAUCGGAAAGCGACCAGCAGGACGAUGCGGGCGGUGGCCUGGCGGGACUGGCUCCGGAGCAGGGUCGGGGCAGCGGGGAGUCCAAGUUCAUAGAAGUGGAGACGGAGCUGGAGAAGAUGUUCGCGGGCAUCGAGGAAGACACGAAGAUGGACACGGAGGAGGAUCCCUUGAAGCUGGACUCGGGGUCGCCGGUCCUCGUGGCCAUCGUCCCGGAAGCCAAGCCUUUCCGUGGACUCGCAGAAUGUAACGCGGUUCCUCCGGAUGGCAGUGCUCCGCCGGGAACUCUGAAAAGAGUUCGUUCCAGAACUCCAAAACGUGGCUCUAGGAGAUUUUCGGAAUCUUUGAUGAGCAGUGUGUCGUCAGCAGAUAGCACACCCCAGAAGAAGAAACGGAAGCAGCAGAAACUGUUGGAGGACUCUCUUAGCUCGGCACACUCGAAGAAGAGAAAACAGACCAGGCUUUUUCAAGGUGGCGGCAGGGAGACGGCCGGCUACGACAGCAGCGCGAGCGGGGGGCGCAGCCGGGGGCCCGUGGUGCACCUGGAGGGGCCCCGGGACAACCCGUGCCGCGUCACCGUGGUGAACGCCCCCCGCAACGACGAGGAGGAGGCCGGGGACAGGCGGCAGCCCUUGUCCGCCGCUCGCCGGCACAACGACCUGGAGUUCCGGGGCAAGGCGAGCGGCGCGGGCAUGUUCAGCAGCACGCUGUCGGCGCGCUACGACUCGCAGACGGCCGACUGCUCGUGGAUCUGCGUGUUCUGCAAGCACGGGCCGCACGCGGGCAGCCUGGGGCUGGGCGACCUGUUCGGGCCGUACCUGAUCGGGCGGGACCGCCGGGAGACCCGGGAGGGCAGCGCCGACGACCGCGACAUCGCGGAGGAGCAGCGGCGCGGCGGCAAGGGCAAGCACAGCCUGCGCGGCACGCACACGCUCGAGCAGUUCCACCACAGGAUGUCCAAGAAGGUGAAGCGCGGCCAGCUGCAGGGGCAGGAGCCAGUGGCGGCCGGCCUGGUGCCGGUCGGCGGCGACGACUGCUGGGAGGUGUGGGUCCACGAGGAGUGCGUGGUGUGGGCCGGGGGCGUGUACCUCGUGGGCUCUCGUGUCGCAGGGCUGCAGGAGGCCGUGUGGAGCGCCGUCAGCACCGUGUGCAACAAGUGCGGGCAGGGAGGCGCCAACGUGGGGUGUGUGCGCCGCGGCUGCGAGUGGCGCAUGCACGUGGUGUGUGCACGGCAGCACGCCUGGCAGCUGGACCACCACGUCUACGUAGCACGCUGCCAUCAGCACAAGAUACGAGCCAGCUCCCCGGAGUCCAUCCUGCCCACGUAAUGACCCUGUACAUACCUGCACGUGCGUCGCAGGUGUCGGUUCAAUGUCGGGAACACGAGGCCCGCCAGAGAGUCCGUGGACUCGAUCCAUUAAGUGAACACGUUCGAACGCGAGCAAAAAGUAUAUUUCUGUAUUGUUUAUUAUAUGAAUAUGUUUUACUCUAGUAACAUUUAUUUUUAAAUAAGUAACGAGGGUACUUUCUCUGUAAAUGUAUAUAGCUCUUGUAUGUGAUUAAAAACUUCGAAACUUUAAAAGUUAUAAACGAUAAUUAUUGUUUCGUGACAAUGCUUUGUAAAAAAGAUUAGGUUAAAUACUCAGUGUUAGAAUUGCUGUAGAGAUAUUUUUACUAUGUUUCUAUGUAUUUGUUGAUGUGAUGUUAUUGAGAGUUCAUUGCAAAUGAUUCUCGGACUGUUUGAACUUUCGAAUUGUGUGUGAGCAAGAAAAAAGGAAAUCAAUUUUUUAUUAAAUAUGGUAUUAUAAUUGAUUGUUUUCAUGCAAAUCUGAGAAGAGAACUGUUGUUUGCAGGAAGCUCUCGGAAGACCAGAGGUACAGUAUUAGCACAGGGGCAGUAGAUAGUGUUGAACAGGCACAUAAUAAAGCCCACAUUGAUUUGCA